AUGCGUUCGAGGUAUCGCAAGCUUGAAUGGAAGCAUAUACUCGUUGGCGACUUUGUGCAUCUUUCCCAUGAUGAGAUCAUUCCUGCAGACAUUCUUCUCCUCCGAAGUAGUGACACCAACGGAGCUCCACUUCCCCGUGAGUUCACUAUUCUGGCUAAGGAGAAUGUGCUUCUUCGUGGAUGUGUGGUCAAGAACACGGAUUUUGUUGAAGGAAUUGUUCUAUAUGCAGGUAACGAUACGAAAGCCAUGUUGAACAAUAAAGGCCCACGCUAUAAGAGGUAAUU